AUGGCCGACAAACUCCGCACGAUCCAAAACCUCGAGGCGAUGCAAGCGCGCUACAUCGGUACGGGCCACGCCGACACGACGAAAUACGAAUGGGUGUCGAACAUUGUCCGGGAUAGUUACGCCUCGUAUAUCGGUCAUCCGCCUAUGUUGUCGUAUAUGGCGCUGGGAAUGGGCGAGUCCAAGGAGAAGGUCAGGGCCGCGAUGAUUGAGAAGAUGGUUAGAGGGGCGGGGAAUCCGCCGGAGGUUGGUUAUCCUUAUUUUUCUUUCUUGGUUUUGGUUAUGUGGAUGGGGCUGAUGAUGUGA